UACAGUGUAGAAGGAGGAAAAGAGAGACGACUGGGAACAAUGUGCGAGUCAAGGAUGACCCAGCCAACGAUGUUCGAGGCGACGGCGACUGAGCGCGACAGCGACGACGACUGAGUGUGACGGCGAAGACGACUGAGUGUGACGGCGAUGACGACUUAGGCGACAACGAUGGCAACCACGUUGUUGACGGCGAGCGCGAGACACUGCGUGAGAGAGUGUGAAUCGAAAGACUCGAACCCUAAUCUGAUGUGGGAGGAAGAUGAGAGAGGUUGAUGCACGAGAAAAAGGGGUUUAAACACAAGGGAGCCCUAAUCUAGUUCGUCCUCUCCAUAUGACUUCGUUUUGAUUAAAAAAAUUCGUCCAUCGAACUCGCACAAACGCUUCUAAACUCGCAAGCUCAUACGAUUCUGUCGAUUCUGCAACCGAGUCCACUUAUUCCACACUGUGAAGCUUAAUUCAGUUCCUGAUUGUUUGUUUCGAAAUUUCUGAAACUCAUCCGGAUGCAUUCCGUAUUAUAUCGUGCUAUUAUUGUUGGUGAUUCCCGUUGCAUAUGUUAUGCAUAUAGGCAUUUGUGUUCUUCUCUAGGAACUAGAUAUUUUUCUCAUAAAGAACAAUGUGAAGAAGAGCUUAUCAGGUACCUGGCUAUUCUCACUGUGAAACUUGGCAAAGGAAGCAGUGAGGAAGAAGCUCUUCACACCCUCUUGAAUGAUGAAACUUGUGAUGCCAUACCCCUCUCCCAAAACCUUGUUCACCUAUUGCUCCAGCGAUACAGGGAUGAUUGGCAAUCUGCACUGGGUGUAUUUAGAUGGGCUGGUUCACAGUCGAGCUUUAGACAUUCGCCGGAGUCAUACGAUAUGAUGGUCGAUAUAUUGGGUAGAAUGAAGGUUAUGAAAAAGUUGAGGGAUUUGUUAGAUGAAAUGCGUAAGAGUGGUCUGGUCACUAUAAAUACUGUGGCUAAGGUAAUGAGACGGUUUGUUGGGGCAGGGCAGUGGGUAGAUGCAGUUAAGAUAUUUGAUGAUUUGCAAGCUCUUGGGUUGGAGAAGAACAUAGAAUCCAUGAACUUGUUGCUUGAUACCCUGUGCAAAGAGAAAUUUGUGGAGCAAGCUCGUGAAAUUUUCUUGGAGCUGAAGCAGCACAUUGCUCCUAAUGCUCACACCUUCAACAUAUUCAUUCAUGGAUGGUGCAAAAUCUGCCGUGUGGACGAGGCACAUUGGACAAUUGAAGAGAUGAAAGGAUAUGGUUGUCGCCCUUGUGUUAUAAGUUAUUCCACAAUCAUUCGGUGUUACUGUCAAGAAGGGAAUUUCAUCAAGGUGUAUGAGCUUCUUGAUGAAAUGCAGGCUGAAGGGUGCCCUGCUAAUGUGAUAACUUAUACUACUAUCAUGAGUGCACUGGCAAAGGCUGAAAAGUUUGAGGAAGCUUUGAAAGUACCUGAGAGAAUGAGGUCUUCUGGAUGUAGGGCUGAUACACUUUUCUUCAAUUCUUUCUUAUAUACAUUGGGGAGAGCAGGUAGAUUAGAUGAUGCUGCCUAUGUAUUCAACGUGGAAAUGCCCAAGGCUGGUGUUUCUCCAAAUACAUCCACCUAUAAUUCAUUGAUUUCUAUGUUUUGUUAUCAUGCCCAAGAAAAGAGAGCUUUUGAAAUACUGAAGGAGAUGGAAAAUUCAGACUAUUGUAAGCCUGAUGCUCAGACUUACCACCCAUUGAUCAAGUCUUGCUUUAGAACUGGAAAAAUAGAUAGUGUGUUGAAUGAUAUAUUAAAUGACAUGAUUAAUAAAUAUCAUCUCAGUCUUGAUCUUUCAACCUAUACGCUGCUAAUUCACGGGCUUUGUAGAGGAGAUAGAUGCAAUUGGGCGUUCUCUCUGUUUGAGGAGAUGAUUGAUCAAGAUAUAAUUCCUAGAUUCAGAACUUGCCAAUUGCUGUUGGAUGAAGUCAAGCAGAAAAAUAUGUUUCAAGCUGCUGAGAAAAUUGAGGAUCUUAUGAAAAAAUUGUAAAAGCAUGAGCCUCUUAUUUGUGUGCGCACACUGCAUUGUUACACAUUAUUUUAACCAUUUGAUACAAAACCAGGACAAAUAAAGAGAGUGGCAUGAGAUUUUUUUGAAUAGUAAAUCAAUGGCUUGAAUGCUCAGACAUUUCUUAUCUGUUAGCCUUUUAGUUGUUUCCCUGGAUUAAUGUAAGUUUUUGAGAUCCUUGUUCAAUAAAUACUCUCAUUUGGCUUCCUGCAGGCGAAGCUAUUGAAAAAUAUUCAUAUAUAUAUAUAUAUAUAUAUAUAUAUAUACUUAUUGGGUAAAUUUGUCUGAAAAAGUGACCGUAAUAUAGGAUACUCAAGGGUUGAAGCCAUGUGCUUCACAUUUUUUAUAUUAGAAUAUUAUAUGCUGAAAGGAUAUGUGAAAUCAGUAACUCAAAUUUUACUUGAAACCUAUUCAGACAUGGACAGAUAACUAACUCGAAAAGUUCGACAGAACCUAAUUCAUUUUUUUUUUCUAUUUAAAUUUGUAAAAUUGAAUUUGUCUCACAAUUGCAUUUAAUUUUCAAAGGGAAAGUUUCGCAGUCUGUUGGAGUAGAUUCCUUAAGGACGCAGUCAUGGGUUGUUGCCAGCACUGCCAUCCCAGCCGCUGUGAAAUCUGCUGGUCUUGAACUUGGCAACAUUGACCUAUAUGAAAUCAAUGAGGCCUUUGCAUCACAGUAUGUUUAUUGCUGCAAGAAAUUGGGACUUGAUCCCAAAAGGUCAAUGUUAUGGUGGUGCCAUUGCUCUUGGACAUCCUUUGGGGGCGCCACAGGUGCACGAUGUGUUGCAACUUUGUUGAAUGAGAUGAAACGCCGUGGCAGGGAUUGUCGCUAUGGUGUAAUCUCCAUGUGCAUAGGUUCUGGUAUGGGAGCUGCUGCUGUAUUUGAAAGGGGAGACUAUUGAAGAUUUGUGCAAGUUUUUAUGGUUAGAAUAAAUAAAGAUCUUUGUUGUUGAACACUAGUUAAAAUAAAAUAGUGUAAUUGCGUGUUCACUUUUUUUCUAUAAUAAAAAAUAAUAGCAAUUAUAUUAUAAUAAU